GGAUCACUAGAAAUCUCCAGGUCAAAUAUGUAAGAGGGGAAGAGCAGCAAACUGUAUGUUAUUCUCCUCUAACCUCUAUCACAUCCCGCACACCUGAAAUACCAAGCAUAAACCAUGUCUUUCACUCCAAAAUCAUACAGUAAAACCCAAACAGUUACAACUUCAAGCACUAGAUCCACUAAUGUGGAUGACGGCAAAAAGAAAUCCCUGCUAAAGGACAAUAGCUGGAUUAGGACAAAUGUGAAAGAGGAGGAGCAAGUCGAACGUGAUGGUAACUUCGGCAAAACUGUUCUGAGUCGUUAUAAGUCCAACGAAAGCCUUGUCAGCCCUCAAGAUCAAACUAGCAAAACUGAGAGCAAAGCCAGCACUGUCAGCACUUCGUCAGGUGCCACUGUCCAAGCGCUCUCUAAAAGAUUUGGCGGCAGCCAGGACAAACUGAAUGAAACCAGAACAACAGGAACUAAAACAACUGUGAAAACGGAGCCCAGGAAAAGCUCUACUUCUACAACAACAACAAUCAAAGAUGGUACAAAGAUAACUGAGACAACUGUGACCACUACCAAGCAGGAUGUGGUGAAAUCAUCUACCAAGUCUGAAACACUCACUGAUAAAGAGCUGGCAGGUUUAAACACCAAGAGUUCUGGUGAUUACAAGACUGAAGUCAUUACUGUCAAGUCAUCAAAGGACACUGUUGAUGGACCAACUUCACCUGUCAAGACCACCACAAGCAUUUUCAAUUCUAGCAUCAAAACCUACACCAAAGGGGAUGUUUCACCCACUAAAACAACAUCAUAUUCUGUCCGAUCCACAAAGAGCACUGAGGAUCAACUAUUUGAUACUCUCAUACCAACAUCUAUCAAGUCAGCCAACACGAAAUAUGACAGCAGUGACUACAAGACUGAGGUGGUUACUGUGAAGUCUUCAAAGGACAUCAUUAAUGUACCAACUUCACCUGUCAAGACCACCACAAGCAUCAAAACCUACACCAAAGGGGAUGUUUCACCCACUAAAACAACAUCAUAUUCUGUUCGGUCCACAAAGAGCACUGAGGAUCAACUAUUUGAUACUCUCAUACCAACAUCUAUCAAGUCAGCCAACACGAAAUAUGACAGCAGUGACUACAAGACUGAGGUGGUUACUGUGAAGUCUUCAAAGGACAUCAUUAAUGUACCAACUUCACCUGUCAAGACCACCACAAGCAUCAAGACCUACACUAAGGAGGAUGUUUCACCGACUAAAACAACAUCCUAUAGCACAAAGAGUGACUACACAACUGAAGUGGUUACUGUGAAGUCUUCAAAGGACAUCAUUAAUGUACCAACUUCACCUGUCAAGACCACCACAAGCAUCAAGACCUACACCAAGGAGGAUGUUUCACCAAUUAAAACAACAUCUUACAGCACAAACAGUGACUACAAGACUGACGUGGUUACUGUGAAGACUUCAAAGGACAUCAUUAAUGUACCAACUUCACCUGUCAAGACCACUACAAGCAUCAAGACCUACACCAAGGAGGAUGUUUCACCGACUAAAACAACAUCCUAUAGCACAAAGAGUGACUACACAACUGAAGUGGUUACUGUGAAGUCUUCAAAGGACAUCAUUGAUGUACCAACUUCACCUGUCAAGACCACCACAAGCAUCAAAACCUACACCAAAGGGGAUGUUUCACCCACUAAAACAACAACAUAUUCUGUCCGGUCCACAAAGAGCACUGAGGAUCAACUAUUUGAUACUCUCAUACCAACAUCAAUCAAGUCAGCCAACACUGACAGCAGUCGCGAGGAUGUAUCGGUCUCCAAAUCCAUCAGAACCGUGUAUUCUACAAAUGAGAGAGAUGAAUGGAGUACAGUCACAAGUCCUUCUUACAGCAGAACAUCAUACACAGAGAGCAGGCCUGUUGAUUACCUGUCUGACACGCUCGCAUCAAAAACCACUACGACUGUGUACACUUCACCGGAAAGGGUAGUAAGUGGGAAGGACAUUUGCACAGUCUGCCAUAAAAACAUGUACACAGAUGAAAAGAUGAUCCUGGAUGACAUGAAUAUCAACUGUCAUGCAAGUUGUUUCAAGUGUGGGGUGUGUAAUGCUUCUCUGGGACUCCUGAAGGCAGGGGACAGUUUGUGGGUGUACCGUCGUGCCAUUCACUGUGAGAGCUGCUUUGGUGUCACUAAGGGCAAAUGGCUCCGCUGAAACUACAUUUAGCAAUAAUGAAGUGAUGUUAUGAAAGAGAUGGCAAAUAUACAUGCCUAUUCCGAAACUUUCCCACGGCUUUGAUUUGGACUCGGGCCAUUUGAAGUGCAUAAAACAGUUUUUGGUGGUGGACUUCUGUCUGAUAAUAGACUUUGGGGUUUAUUAAUUGCAUUGAUUGCUAUCCUCCCCGAUGAUGCGACAAGGAUCUUAUCUGAUUAUCAAAAUAAUAAGAAUAUUUUUAAAGAAGUAUAUUUUU